GUCAAUUACAAAGGAAUAUGGUUAUCUAAUCAAUAUUUCAGAUGCAUUUACUUAUUUAUUUUAGUAAACAGGCGCAUUGCAAAGCAAUCAGACGAUCAUUAAUGUAAAAAUAAACCCCUUCUGGGUGAUGCAAAAUCCAUUUUAAGUUAUAUAUGUUCAGUUUUCCAUAUGGGUUUUUAGUAUUACAAGGCCUAUUUGAUGCUAGACACAUAAAGAACUGUUUUUUUCUGCAUUAUUUAUAUAGGAUGUUAUAUUAACAAGGGUCCUUUAACUGGGUGAUUUUCUGCUGUUACACCCAUCAAAUUAGAGGAGUCAAAAAUACUAAAAGACAGUCUGCAAUGGACUCAAAUCUUGCAGACAAAAAGAGAGAAAGAGAAAGAGAGUAAAUUAAGUCCCACACUGUAAAGCUCCCGCCUACCCACAGCACUAACCAAUGAGAAGCCGCGCAUUUUGUGCGACGCUGUCCGAUUGGCCGCUCGCCGCGUGACUGACAGUCCGUGUGAAUGAAGUUGUUUCCCACUUUGGCUCCACGAAGUUUCAGUGACGGGGGCAUCACUGCAGCGCACUGAAGGGAAGGAAAGAACAGAAGGGAAAAGAAGGGAGAGAGGUGCCCCAUCCAUCCAUCUAUCCAUCCACUGAAUGUUCCCGCAGGACUUUAUCAACGUAUGGCUGCAUGAGAGGCUUUGAGCUGUCGCGCUUUCUCUCUCCGGGACUGUCGGGUUACUGGUUCUGUCCUGAUAUCAAGCAGUUGUCAAAAUAAUAUAACCAAACUCUUCGCGUCAGGACGGGCGCAGGUGGUCAUGGAUACACCUAUCAGAUGGAAAGUAAAGCGGAGGUUUAAGGAGGUGCGGCUCUCGGUAGUCCUAGUAUUCCUGAUGUUUGUCACCUCACGAGUCAGCGCAGCUGAGCCAGCCGAUCUCCUAAAGAUUUUAGAUUUUCACAGUUUGCCGGAGGGUGUAUCGAAAACUACAGGCUUCUGCACACACCGGAAGUCAUCAAAAGGGCCUGAUGUCGCCUACAGAGUCACAAAAGAUGCACAGCUUAGCGCUCCUACUAAACAACUCUACCCCUCAUCCGUGUUUCCUGAGGACUUUUCCAUCUUGGCGACGGUGAGGCCUAAAAAAGGCAGUCAGUCCUUCCUGCUGUCGGUGUAUAACGAACAGGGCAUCCAGCAGCUCGGUCUGGAGGUGGGACGCUCUCCUGUCUUCCUGUACGAGGAUCACCUGGGCAAACCCGGCCCGGAGGACUACCCGCUCUUCAGAGGGGUCAACUUGGCGGACGGAAAUGCAUCCUCUAGAGCUCUAUGUUCUGCUGUUUGCUUGACUCCAGAAGCGUUUUGUUUUGCGGUAUUCUCUGUGGCUCUUGUGUUUGCUGUGCUGAUUCUGUCUGGCCGCUCCACACAGCCUGGAGAGCCUUCUGGUGACAUCCAGCAGCUGAUGAUUGUAUCGGACCAUCGUGCUGCGCUUGACUACUGUGAGCACUACAGCCCUGACUGUGAGGUUCCUGCACCCGAACAGCCCCAGAACCAAGACCCAAACACUGAUGAAUAUAACACAGAGGAUGAUAACUACUAUUACGAAUAUCCGUACUAUGAGGACAUGGAUGCAGAAAAGACAGAAGAAACGACAGCCGAUGAAACGACUGGAACCGAAACUGAAGACCUAAUGGUGUCUGUUCCGGAUAGCGGUCGUGUGGUUACGUCAGUUAUCACUAGUGGAACAGGAGGCUCCAGCAGUUCAUCGAGUAGCUCCUCGUCAUCCUCCUCUUCAUCCUCUUCAUCAUCCAGCUCUACCACGAGUACUGGCGAGGAACCGUAUGAUGGCUACGAUGGAUACGAGACCGGAUACGAAACAUACUAUGAUGAGACGACCUCACGGCCUGAUGGCUCCCGGACCAUCAGAAUCACUAGCACAGGCACAGGUACCGGUGGAGAAGUGGAUAUGGGACUGGUCGGUGAGGUGGAUAUGGGACUGGGAGACCUGGACAGGCGGAUCAUCACAUCAUCAUCAUCAUCAUCAUCAUCAUCAGGAGGAGGAGGAAGUGGAAGAGUACACUCAACUGUCACAGUCAUUAACAAUGGAACCUCCGGCUCCAAUUCUGGCUCCGGCACUGGCUCUAGCACCAGAAUCAUUACUAGCUCCAGUUCCGGCUCUGGAGUCAGUACCGGCUCCAGCUCCAGCUCCAGCUCCAGCUCCAGCUCCAGCUCCAGCUCUACCUCGGUUGAUGGUGGUUAUGAUGAUAACCUGUACAGUGAGGGUCUUGAUCUGACCUAUGGAGAGGGAUAUGGAGAAGGAUACGGAGAGGGAGAGUAUAAUGUGGAAGGAGGCGGCGGCAGCACCAGCACUUCAGUGUCCGUAGGGGGCGGAUCUGUUUCUUCGAGUGGCUCAGUUGGGGGCGGAUCCAGCAGCGCUGGGGCCAGCGUGGGGGCGGGGUCUGUUGCCACGGGAGGACAGGGGGGAAUUGGUGGAGAGACAGACUCCAUCGAUAUCGACAACUUCAAGGAGGAGUCCAUCACGGAUUACACCGAAGCAGACCUGGAGAAGAUGUAUGAUUAUGACAACCUGUACCCUGACGGCGACAAAGAGCUGCCCGCCGAGACCGAUGAGAUCUACGGACAGGUGGAUGGACUGAGAGGAGAGAAAGGGCAAAAAGGAGAGCCUGCAAUCAUUGAACCCGGAAUGCUGGUUGAAGGCUCACCUGGUCCAGAGGGUCCCACAGGUCUCCCCGGUCCUCCAGGUUCAUCGGGAUCCCCAGGUAGCCCUGGAGAGCCCGGCGAAAGGGGUCCUAAUGGUCGCCCUGGUCUGCCUGGAGCUGAUGGUCUUCCAGGACCUCCAGGGACUGUCCUGAUGUUGCCUUUCCGCAUGAGUACAGGAGGGGACAGCGGACAUAAAGGGCCUGCAGUUUCUGCCCAAGAGGCUCAGAUGCAAGCCAUCAUGCAGCAGGCCAGGCUGGCGAUGAGGGGUCCAACCGGACCCAUGGGUUUGACAGGCCGUUCUGGUCCUCUGGGGCCUCCUGGUGUGUCUGGACUGAAAGGAGAGUCUGGAGAAUCAGGACCUCAGGGUCCUCGUGGUCCACUGGGAUCCCUUGGCCCUCCUGGAAAGCCUGGUAGAAGGGGUCGACCCGGCUCAGAUGGAGCCAGAGGGAUGCCUGGACAGACGGGACCAAAGGGUGACCGAGGAUUCGAUGGGCUCGCUGGUUUGCCUGGAGAAAAGGGUCACAGGGGUGAGAUGGGUCCUCAGGGGCCUCAUGGGCCUCCAGGAGAGGAUGGAGAAAGAGGUGGCGAUGGUGAGGUCGGACCCAGAGGUCUGCCCGGAGAAUCGUGUGCCUCAAACACAGCCUGUCUGACUCAAGCGAAAGGAAACAUUGGUCCUCAAGGUGAGCCAGGACCUCCAGGACAACAAGGCAACCCUGGAGCUCAGGGACUUGCAGGUCCUCAGGGAGCGAUCGGACCUCCAGGAGAGAAGGGUCCCACUGGAAAACCAGGCUUAGCAGGAGUGGCAGGAGCUGACGGACCUCCAGGCCACCCAGGAAAAGAAGGGCCAUCCGGCGAGAAAGGACACUUGGGACCUCCGGGUCCUCAGGGGCCGAUCGGAUAUCCUGGCCCUCGAGGUGUAAAGGGUGCUGAUGGAGUCCGCGGGCUGAAAGGAAACACGGGUGAAAAGGGAGAAGACGGAUUUCCAGGAUUUAAGGGAGAUAUGGGCAUCAAAGGCGACAGGGGAGAACUUGGUGCCGCCGGACCCAGAGGUGAAGACGGGCCUGAAGGACCCAAAGGAAGAUCUGGUUUACUUGGAGAUGCUGGACCGCUCGGGCCGACCGGAGAGAAGGGUAAGCUUGGUGUACCCGGGUUGCCAGGUUAUCCAGGAAGACAAGGCCCCAAGGGUUCUCAAGGAUUCCAGGGAUUCCAAGGAACCAGUGGAGAGAAAGGCACGAGGGGGACAGCAGGGAAGCCGGGACCCCGAGGACAGAGAGGACCUACGGGACCCCGUGGUGAAAGAGGGCCGAGGGGACCAACUGGGAAAGCAGGACCAAAGGGCAACUCAGGAAGCGACGGCCCCCCAGGACCACCCGGUGAACGGGGUCCGUUAGGCGCAGCGGGACCUACUGGAUUCCCCGGCCCUAAGGGUCCACCGGGUCCUCCCGGAAAGGACGGGCUGCCCGGACACCCUGGCCAGAGAGGAGAGACUGGUUUCCAAGGUAAAACCGGACCUCCCGGACCCCCAGGUGUAGUCGGACCUCAGGGACCAACAGGUGAGACAGGACCAAUGGGAGAACGAGGCCACCCUGGACCCCCAGGACCACCCGGUGAACAGGGUCUACCUGGAUCUGCUGGAAAAGAGGGAGCAAAGGGAGAUCCAGGUCCUGCAGGACCCUCAGGUAAAGAUGGACCUCCAGGACUCAGAGGGUUCCCAGGCGAGAGAGGCUUACCAGGACCUGUGGGAUCAGCAGGUUUGAAAGGGAAUGAAGGACCUCCAGGGCCACCUGGACCCGCUGGCUCUCCUGGUGAACGUGGUGCUGCUGGCCCAGCUGGACCUACUGGCCUCCCAGGCCGACCCGGACCUCAAGGACCCCCGGGCCCAGCUGGAGAGAAAGGUGGACCUGGCGAGAAAGGACCUCAAGGCCCAGCCGGUAGAGAUGGUAUUCAGGGACCUGUGGGACUUCCAGGCCCAGCUGGACCCAUCGGAUCCCCAGGAGAGGAUGGUGAUAAGGGUGAGAUUGGAGAGUCGGGACAGAAGGGAAGCAAAGGUGACAAGGGCGAGCAGGGUCCUCCAGGUCCCGUCGGUAGCCAAGGUCCUUCGGGUCAGCCGGGUCCACCGGGUGCUGAUGGAGAGCCAGGUCCCAGAGGUCAGCAGGGUCUGUUUGGACAGAAGGGAGAUGAGGGCGCACGAGGUUUCCCAGGACCACCCGGACCCGUCGGCCUUCAGGGCUUGCCUGGACCCUCCGGUGAGAAGGGAGAGACCGGUGACGUCGGUCAGAUGGGUCCACCCGGUCCUCCUGGCCCCAGAGGCCCCUCCGGACCCCCAGGAGCCGAUGGACCACAGGGACCUCCAGGAGGAAUCGGCAACCCAGGAGCCGUGGGAGAAAAGGGAGACGCCGGUGAACUAGGAGAACCAGGUCCGCAAGGAGACAUCGGCCCUUCAGGUCCAAGAGGAGAGCGUGGUGAAAAGGGAGAAGCCGGACCCGCUGGUUCUGCUGGGCCCCCCGGACCAAAAGGACCACCAGGAGAUGAUGGUCCCAAAGGAAGUCCUGGUCCAAGUGGUUUCCCUGGUGAUCCUGGUCCUCCUGGAGAGCCUGGUUCACCUGGUUUGGAUGGUGCUUCUGGAGAUAAGGGUGAUGAUGGAGAGCCUGGUCAGGCAGGAUCCCCUGGACCUACUGGUGAAACUGGCCCCACUGGCCCUCCAGGAAAGAGAGGACCUCAUGGACCUGCUGGACCUGAAGGAAGACAGGGAGAGAAGGGUGCCAAGGGUGAAUCUGGUCUCCUGGGUCCACCUGGUAAGACAGGUCCAGUUGGUCCUCAGGGAAGCCCUGGAAAACCUGGUUCCGAGGGUCUGAGAGGGGUGCCUGGACCAGUGGGAGAACAAGGACUGCCCGGUGCUCCUGGACCCGAUGGACCUCCUGGACCGAUGGGUCCUCCUGGACUGCCUGGACUGAAGGGAGAUACUGGUAUUAAAGGUGAAAAGGGUCAUCCUGGUCUCAUUGGACUCAUCGGACCUCCAGGAGAACAGGGAGAGAAGGGAGACAGAGGGCUGCCGGGUUCACAGGGAACUGCAGGAACUAAAGGAGACACUGGUAUUUACGGACCCGCUGGACCUAUUGGACCCAUUGGACCUCCUGGUCUCCAUUUCCAAGGUCCACCUGGUGAUGUCAUCCACCCUCUGCCUAUCCAUUCCAGCCCCAAACGGGCAAAGAGGAACAUUGAUGCCAGCCAGAUGAUGGAUGACGCUGCAGAUGCCAACUACAAAGACUAUGAGGAUGGCAUGGAGGAGAUAUUCGGCUCUCUGAACUCUCUCAAACUGGAGAUUGAACAGAUGAAACACCCGCUGGGCACACAGAGUAACCCCGCCCGCACCUGCAAAGACCUGCAGCUGUGCCACCCAGAUUUCCCAGAUGGUGAAUACUGGAUUGAUCCGAACCAGGGCUGCUCCAGAGACUCUUUCAAAGUGUACUGUAACUUCACAGCAGGUGGAGAGAGCUGCAUCUUCCCAGAGAAAAAGAGUGAAGGGGCCAGACUCACCUCUUGGGUGAAGGAGAAUCCAGGGUCGUGGUUCAGUGAAUUCAAACGUGGUAAACUGCUCUCGUACGUGGAUGCGGAGGGCAAUCCGAUCGGAGUGGUCCAGAUGACGUUCCUGCGUUUACUCAGCGCCACAGCUCGGCAGAACCUGACUUACAACUGUUACCAAUCAGUGGCUUGGCACGACCAGGAACUGGACUCUUACGAUAAAGCCAUCCGCUUCCUGGGCUCCAAUGAUGAGGAGAUGUCUUACGAUAACAACCCAUACAUCAGAGCCGCCGUCGACGGAUGUGCGUUGAAAAAGGGCUAUGAAAAGACUAUUCUUGAGAUCAGCACACCAAAAGUGGAGCAGGUACCAUUUGUUGACAUUAUGUUCAACGAUUUCGGCGGAGCGACGCAGAAGUUCGGCUUUGAGGUCGGACCGGCCUGCUUCAUCGGCUAAGACUGCUCAGCGAGCACGCGUGAACAAAACAUAUUCAUUUUCUCUGAAAACAAAACACAAGAAAGAAAUAGGACGACUUAUUUGUAAAGUUUUGUGUUUCCAAAUAAACCCGACAGAUACCAAAGUAAGGAUAAAAGAAAUUUGAAGAAAGAAUGGAUGUCUAAGCAAUGGGUUCUUAUAACAGAGCAACCUUUUUAACCUCAGUGUACCCUCUGCAUCACAUGCAAGUUUUGAAACUGGAUGAGGUCAUCGCUCGUGUCUCUCCCAGCCCCGCCCACUUUACGCUCAUCCGACUCUUUGCCCCUCCCACAGGCUGUAUAGACAGAUUAAAUCCAUCCUUUUAUUUCCCGCCUGUUCAUGGACUUGUAGCUCUAUGCACGGCAUUGUUCGGCAUUUCUCGUACGAGAAAUCUUUUCCGCUGGUUUGUUUGCUUGGGUUUUAUCUUGUUCUGUUUUCCACUUCUAAGCUUUGUUUUUUUGUGCAUACUUGUCUUCCAUUCCCUGGAAUGGUGAUUAUAUAUAUAAAUAUAUAUAAAUAUUUUUUUUUCUAUGUUUGUAAGUACUUUCUGUAUAUUUUUUUUCCGGUGAAGUGAUUUUUUAUUUUUUGGGUUCUGGCUUCAAAACAUGCAUGUGAACCCAUUGAGCGAUAAGGACAGAGCUGCUGGUUA